UGGUUGGUGGUGGUCGCCGCUCUCGGUUCAUAGCUCGUAGUCCCAUUUCAUUUCGAAGUGUCUGACGGAGGGAAAGCUGAUACCAUCCUUGCACCCAUCAUGAAUGGGAGCCACCAAGCCAUGCAGGAGCUGGAAAAUGCUGCUAGGACAUUUCUGGCUCCGGCUAACCUCGUGAGUUCCGAGCAGCGUCAUGCAGCCGAGCAUGUUUUUCUCCAGCUUCAGAAAACAAAACAGCCGUUCGACCUAUGCAAGGUACUGUUGGAAGAGAGUCAAGUACAAUACGUUCAGUUCCAAGCUGCCUCCUUGUUGAAAAGCGCUGUCAUCCGAGAAUGGAAGGAUCUAUCGCAGGAGCAGAUCAUCGGGUUGCGGAAUUAUCUCCUACGAUACUUAACGUCCCGUGAGAAUAUGGAAAACUUCGUGCGUGAGCAGAUGGUUCUCGUUUUGGCAAUCACCAUCAAACGACAGUUCGUCGACGGAGACAAGGACGUGGUCACAAAUAUAUUGAACGACCUCAGUCAACUCAUAAUGAGCGACGAGAAGCGACUUCAGGUGCUUGGCUGUUCUGUGAUGACCGCUCUUCUAAUCGAGUUCGCGUCGUCGACGCGAGCGUCGGAUGUCGGCUUGGUUUGGGAGGCUCAUCUGAAGGCUAAGAAACUAUUCGAGACUACCCAUCUACCGCGUAUUUUUGAAUUCUGUCUCCACGUUCUCAACGAGGCCAGCACCAUACAGCAGCCUGUCUCCGUCGACGCUAUGUACCUUAUUGGAAAGUUCUUGUCGUUGGCCGAGCAGAUUCUGUCGUGGAAUUUCCAGUUCACGAUGAUGCUGCCGAGGAAGCUGGUGAAUCUUUUCGAAACUCAGAUCUGUCCAGUUUUGCGACCGGGGUUCGCUUGGCGGGGAACUCUGCUGAAGAAGGAAGUUCCUCAACUAUUUUUCAAACUCUACGAUAUGUUCCAAGAGCACGAAGCUCUCGGACACAGCGCCAUCCUAUGCAUCAACCAGCUUUGUACUUUAAACGGAAGUGUUUUCCACAAUCGCGUAGACCAUAAGGAAUAUAUCGGAUGGAUUUUCGAAGGCGUCUUGGAGUUGAUAUCGAGAACGCCGGUACGCGCCCAUGUCGUGGGUGUGACAGAAGCCGUCGCGAAGCUCUUGAUGUUUCAGCCAACUACGACUGUCGCACAGCACAUAGAUGAGCUCAACUCUCUUCUACAAAGGAUCACAGCUCUCACGUGUCAUCUGAUUGAAAUGGCAAGUCAAGAGGAGGCCUCACUCGCCGACGACACAGCAUACAGCGAUAGCCUCGAUCAAAUUCUCUCAACAUGGUCAGCCAUUUGUUCGGAUAUCGCAUACGGACCGGUUCAAGUCGAGGAGUACAUCACGCAAAUUUUCACCGUUUAUCUAAGAGCGCAUCUGGCACCCCCCGACGGGGUUAAGCCGGAGCAGCAAACAGAUGAUCGGGAGAUCCAAGAGGACACCGAGGAGGAUGACCGCGUCAAAUAUAAAAACCAACUGAAUGUGAUCGGACUUAUGGGUCGACGAGCGUUGAGCUUAACCGUUCCGAUGGUGACUCAGCUUCUCGAAGCCCGCACAGUAGCUCUCCAAGGACUUUUGGAACAGAACUUGGUUGGGACUUAUCAAUUCAACCAAGUGUCCGAGGACUUACACUGGCUAAUUAUGAUUGCCGGCCACCUCCUCUCUACGGGUCUGAUCAAGGGCGAAACGAACCUCAUACCAUCCUCUAUCACAACAUAUUGCCGAUCCCAAGAGGAGAAAGUCAAUGUUGACAACACCCUGUUAGCGCUGUCUCAACCGUCCCAGCUGGUGACCGACGCCUCCGUCGAUCCGGUUGUUCGUCUGGUCCUUGCAAUUUUGCGAUUGUGCCUGAUGGAAAGUCGGGCGCUCGAGGCGCGCCUUCAAUGUAGUCCCGAGGUUGGCCGCAGCCUAGUUUGGUUCCUGAAACUCUGGACUCCCGUGUACCUCCUACCCGACGAGAAUCAGUACACGGAGCUCAGCAAGGUCCUCAUCGCGUGCUUCGGCCGGGACUCGGAAGCCGGCCAUUGGGUGUUGGAGUUCGUCCUCAACAAACUGAAAACAAAUCUAGUUAGCUGGUCGAGCGAAGCCGCACUUCUGUCGGAUACGUGCCAGUGCCUUAUGAUAUUGCUCAAUUCGAUGGAACGGGGCUCUCGGGCCAUUAAAUGCCCUUCGAUUUUCGAACUCGUCCGACUCGAAUGCUGUGGCACAUUCCAAAAUUUGUCGACCGCGGCCAAACGAGACCUGGUCAAGGGUCUAGUGUUAGCCGGCUCGAUGCUGAAGGAAGACAAAGCUCAAUAUUUCGAGCAGCUCCUGCAGCCAUUACAGGAAGCGUUCACUCAGUUAAAAACGAACGCAGCUUUCCGUCGAGACUACGCCCAGGAAUCCGUGCGAAGGAACGUCUUGGACCUCAUCGAACGCUUGACGGGAGUAGUCGACGGUGUUACCGCGUCGAACUCGGAACUGUUGAUUCGUUUCGUAUUGCCCCUGCUGCCGGAAGUCGGGGCGCUCCUCGAGCUGUACCACAAUUAUUCGGACAUGGUCUCGGCGUGUAUUCAGGUUUUCCUGUCGGUGGCCUGCAACAUGGUCAGCUACCUGCGGAAAAACGAUUGUUCCAUUGUAUAUAGCUGCAUUCUCGAUAUAAUGAAGAGCUACGCGACGCACCAAACCGGAAAGCUCACAAUCGAUCCGUCGGCCGAGGAGGCGCAGUACAAAGACCUGCUCGACCUGUUGACGCUCCUCGGCGAUGUGCUUCUCAAAGAAGUGAUGGGAUUCCUUCCCGACGUCGCACGGGAAGCCGAAGAUAAUCUACCGAAUCAGGUUUCGGUUUGUGAUCUCGCCUUCCAAGGCCUGAAUUUUCUACUGCCCAUCAUGACAACUGAGCUGCUGAGAUUCCCCUCUUUGUGUUCAAAGUACUUCAACUUCGUCAAUGUCGUCGGCGAGAUGUAUAGAGCCAAGAUGUGUGAGCUCCCGGCCUCGCUGCUCGUCAGCAUAUUCGGCACAAUCCGCCUUGGAGUGACGGACUUCACUCCCGACGUGGCGAACGCCAGCCUUGAUUUCGUUGCCGGUUUCGCGACCAACAUCUGUCAGUCCCGCGGACAGGUACCGGCAAUUGUGCAUCAACUGGUCCAGCCCUUCCUCAAACUCAUCCUCGAAAUGUCUUUAUUCCAACCCCUCGAUCCUGAGAUCACAACGAUGGCUGGUAGUGCGCUGUUCCCUCUGAUGUGUUGUUAUCCAAAUCUUUACAAGGAGCUAGUCGAGUCGAUGGUGAGCGCUCAGAGCGACGAUAAUCUGAAGCAGCGGUUGGCGGAGGCCUUCUCCCAGCUGACGGAGACAGUGCAAAUGAUACCUGACCGGGGCAAUCGACUGAAAUUCCGAAAUGCUUUCGACGCCUUCAUAUCACGAGUUAGAGGUUUCUUGUGCGUCAAGUGAGAGAUUCAUCGAGCCAUGAUCAACACAGCCAGGCUGGAAGCGGUGCAACAGCCUGGAAGGCGCCGCUGAGAAUUCCACUCAUUUCACUGAACGAAUGUAUCUUUCCGCGAUCUGCGCCGAUCGUAGGCCCUUGAGCCUAACUGGGCUCGAAUCUCCGUCGGGGGUUCGAAUCGAGUUUUGGGGUUAAAUUUAGGUACGGGAAGCGAACAGCUCCUGACGGAUGUCAAAUCGGCCCCAUCUGAGCCCCUGGAGUGAAUCACUAUUCGAGACUUUCCAUGGAAUUCCCUCCAUUCUCGACGAAGAACCUAAGAAGUGAUCGCAACGACAGGGGACCCGAGAUGUCUCUCAGAAUUAUGUGGGGGUCCUGUCAGUGUAAAUAAAGAUUAAGGAGAGUUUUCUACCCCG